AUGGCAACCAUGAUACCCACAUUGCGGCCAUUGAGCUGUUGGAAACUCCUACUACGACAAUCGAGACAACAGAAGGUAGUUUCGAGGUCGUUGAGCACAUAUCACCACUCAAAGCCGGCGUCGCAAACUCCUCUCCAGACUCCUCUCGAGACUCAAGCUGUCCGAAAAAUCAAAACGUACCCUCCACCGCCAUCACCGGCGCAGCACUUCAGAGAGCCCCUCAAAAACAUCCACGCCGAACAAAUAGCCGUCCUCGAUCCCACUGGAGUCCGCACCAACCUAUUCCUCAAAACCAACCCAGAAGCAGCCAGAGUUGGCGAUAUUCUUCUCGUACGUCUCAAAACCGGCGAUCCAUUUGCUGGAGUAUGCAUCAAUAUCCGCCGACGAGGCGUGGAGACGGGUGUUCUGCUGAGAAAUCAGUUGACGAGAGUGGGUGUUGAGAUGUGGUAUAAGAUAUAUAGUCCGAUCGUGGAGGGUAUUGAAGUGGUGCAGAGGAAGGCGAAGAGGGCUAGAAGAGCAAGGUUGACAUACAUGCGGAAGCCUAAGCAUGAUAUGGGCAGUGUGCAGAAUAUUAUCUUGCAAUACCAGAAGACAAGGGGUGUGUUAGGGAGACCCGAGGGCGAGAAGAAACAAGUUAGCAAGAGGAAGACAAAGCCAAAGGCAAAGCCAAAGGUAAAGGCAAAUGGAAAGAAGUAA